CUCCAUGCAUUUCUCGCUUCAACAGAGCACUUUCCUGACGUGUCGAAAGACAGCCCUCAGCCGCCACCCACCUUUCCCUCCAUCAUGCGAGGGGGGGGAUCCAGCUCAUCUUGUGGUCUGAUGGCGAGGAAUGGGUGGACACGCACACGAAGAGAGAGAAGGAUAAACCUCAGACCUGAGCAUUUAUUGUGUGGUGUACUUUCGUGCCCCGGAAAGUAGACUCUGUAGUGGACAAGUGUGCGGGCCUUGCCAAAGUUCUCCGAAUACUUGCCGGCGUCGUGGGUGUAGGUCGCUUGCAGUCCUGGCCGAUCGAGGCAGGCUUCAUCUCCUUUCCAUCAAGUCGCUCGAUCUUCUGCACACACACACACACACACAGAGGGAGAGAGAGAGAGAUGAAUCGGUAUCAUGUGUGCCGUGACGUCUGUCUCGCCUGUUGACCGACCGCAUCGCGAGCCAUGCAGAACCGGCCAUCAAGCUCCUCCAAGACAUAAGCCGACCCCUUGGCGCACUUCGAGUCGGCAGAAUCGUUGUCCACACAAGUGCCCUGCACACCAGACACCCAAUCCCUUCACGGCCCACACACGCAUCGCCACACACCCGACCUUGCCGACGGAAGGAUGAAACGACGCAGCGUCCUCCGGCCUGCCCCAGGGGAGGCUCCGUUUGUCGGCCCCCGCGUUGGUCACUAAAUUGACGUGGUCGACCACACACGUCUCCGUGUUUUUGUAGCACCAGCCGGUGGCGCCAGAUUGGUACUGGUCGCCGACCAUGCUGUAUUCGUAGUCCUCAUGGGAUUCCAGCCCGUCUUUCUCCAUGCGAGCACCUGACUCCCACGUAAUGACGGCACCAAAGACCACGGCGCACCCGCCCCCAGGCUUGUUGUCGUCAUGGGCAGAGGCGCUCCCUGUGUGUGCAGACACACGCCAUGUGUGGUGUGUGUGAUGCAUGCAGUGCGUAUACCUUCGCGAAGGCGCCACUUGUCCGCGGCAUCGCCAACUGCAGGCAUACACACACAGGGAGCAUCAUGUCAUGGAUGCAUGGCUUCUGACAUCUACCGAUGCAUUUGUCCUCCAGUGUAUCGCCACUUGCGUGCUGCAUGGUGGCACAAAGGGCGAGGAGAAGCGCCAAAGCCAUCUUGAUACCGACCAUUAAAAUUUUCCCCGAGUGCCGAGGAACCGUCGCGGCCAGGUGCAGAUCUUGGCCAGAUCAGCUCAGGAUUCCUCGGAGAAUCCGCC